UCUCACCAACUCCCACAUCUCACCAAACCCUGGCUGAUGGCUCCUCCAAUCUCACCAAACUUCAUCCUACUCUCCCCUCCAUAUUCUUUGCCAUUCCAAAUCCUACUAAUUCCUGUCUCCCACAUCCAUUGAAUAAAAUUCAUUUUCUCCACGUAUCGAUCCUCUUCUUAACAUCAAUUAAUAUUUAGAUUGUGAUUUGUGAAUUCAUUGACAAAAAUCACUCAUUUUUUGAAAAAAAAAGAAAGAAAAAUACAAACACUAUUAAGUAGUAUUAAUUGCACAUAUAUAUAUAUAACAAUGAAAUGAUGUGGUCUAAUUUUCACAUUAACAUCGGAUUUCACAAUCUUUAUCAUUCGUUCAUCUCCAAAGCAAGCACUUAAAACGGUAUACGAGAUCACAAUCUUUACCAUUUUAUUCAUAAUCAACGCUACGAUUAAAUCAUUAAUCACUGUGGGCUGGAUGCAUGUGUGACAUUAAUGUUGUUUCUUGACGAGUCUUGUUCAUUUUGGCGAGUUAGGUAAGCACCCAAUUUUUAAUAUAUUUCUUUCUAAAUAUUACUCAGUGACACACUAACUUACACUUACGCUAUUACUAUGUUGAUUUAUAAAUUGGAAUGGACUCCAACUCAACUACACCACACCUAAAAUUUAUCAUUCUCCUCCUCCACUACCUUAAUUAGCUAAGCCCACCGCUUUUUUCCUUUCCCUCUUUCUCUUUUCUCUCCUACUAUUUUUUGAAUUUUCCUUCCACCCUUCAUUCCUCUCUCCGUUUGAUCAAGCCAUGAAGAUUGAGAUAAAAGAAUCGACGAUGGUGAAGCCAGCAGGGGAAACGCCACGGAGGAGCCUGUGGAAUUCCAACGUUGACCUGGUCGUCCCGAAUUUCCACACGCCGAGCGUGUAUUUCUACCGGCCGAACGGAUCGCCGAACUUCUUCGACGCCAAGGUGCUGAAAGACGCGCUGGGAAGAGCUCUGGUGCCGUUUUAUCCGAUGGCCGGGAGGUUGAAGCGGGAUGAAGACGGACGGAUUGAGAUCGAUUGUAAUGGUGAAGGCGUGCUUUUCGUGGAGGCCGAGUCGAACGGGACCGUUGAUGAUUACGGCGACUUUGCACCUACGCUGGAGCUUCGUAGGUUGAUUCCUGCGGUUGAUUAUUCGCUUGGAAUUGAAUCCUAUGCUCUCCUGGUUUUGCAGGUCACGUACUUCAAAUGUGGUGGAGUUUCUCUUGGUGUCGGAAUGCAACACCAUGCCGCCGAUGGAUUUUCCGGCCUACAUUUCAUCAACACAUGGUCGGACAUGGCCCGGGGACUCGACCUGACCCUGCCGCCGUUCAUUGACCGGACCCUCCUCAAAGCCCGUGACCCGCCACAGCCUCAAUUCCCCCACAUUGAGUACCAACCGCCUCCUCAGCUCAAAGUCGACCCAUCCCAGAUCCAUGACAAACCCGAUUCAGUACCCGACACUACCGUGUCCAUUUUCAAGCUAUCCAAAGAACAAAUCGCCGCCCUGAAGGCCAAAUCCAAGGACGACGGAAACACCGUUAGUUACAGCUCGUAUGAAAUGCUGGCGGGUCAUGUUUGGAGUUGUGCUUGUAAGGCCAGAGGACUUGUGGCCGAUCAGGGGACGAAGCUAUACAUUGCCACCGACGGACGGUCCAGAUUGCGGCCCCAGCUUCCGCCGGGCUAUUUCGGGAAUGUGAUCUUCACGGCGACUCCGAUGGCGGUGGCCGGCGACCUUGAAACGAAGCCGGCGUGGUACGCCGCGAGUAAAAUCCACGACGCGUUGACGAGAAUGGACAACGAUUAUCUGAGAUCCGCGCUUGAUUAUUUGGAAUUGCAGCCUGAUUUGAAGGCUCUGGUUCGUGGGGCUCAUACUUUUAAGUGCCCGAAUCUUGGGAUUACCAGUUGGGUUAGAUUGCCGAUUCAUGAUGCCGAUUUCGGAUGGGGACGACCCAUUUUCAUGGGUCCUGGUGGGAUUGCUUAUGAAGGUUUGAGCUUCAUUUUGCCCAGUCCCAACAAUGAUGGGAGUUUGUCUGUUGCUAUUUCGCUUCAAACAGAACACAUGAAGCUUUUCCAGGGCUUCUUGUAUGACAUCUGAAAAGUAACGGAUCCUCUGCAAGUUUACUAAGGUUGUAGAAGCUUUUAAAGAAUCAAUCACUAUUGUUUGAUCUGUCCUGUGGAUACUGUCUUUUACUGAGUUUUCAUCUUUGCUGUAAUCUGAACAUAUUUACAAUUUAUUACAAAUGCAAAGAUUACUUCUUUUAAGCUUCAGAUGUUUUUGGAUUAUUACACACAAUCCUUUCCGAACUGAUGAAAAUACUAUUUAGUCGGAACUAGAAUAAGUGAUUCAGGUAGUAUUUAGAAAGCAAUAACUCAUACAUUGCUGAAAUCAUCUUACUGGAGAAAACUCCACUCAGAUCUGAAGACAGAGCAAUUUUAGGCGAUGAGAUGGGGAAGAAUAAGGAGCAAAGAUAAGCUAAUACAAACAUUAGUAGUUGAAAUAAAGCCAAUGGCUCUUUUCAGAAUUGGUGCUGCAGAUUUAGAUUUCGGCCCUUUAUGGACUACAUUUGCACCCCCGUAGGAUCCCUUUCCUCUCUGUGCCUUCUUCUCCGUCCCAAAAUCCUCUGUUUUCAGUUUUUCACCAUGGCUUUCUCCGCGCAUAUUGACAUUGUCACUGCUAAGUUUUCCUGAACAGAUUCACCUGUAUCAAUUCAAUGAUCCAAAGCACAAAUAAGUGGUAGACUAAUAGAGAGAUAUCAGCAAUGGAUUCUUACCUUGUUGCUUGUGGGAUGCUAAUUGAAAUGCCUGGUUUUCCAGUCUGUGAAGAUCACCAAGAGCUAAAUCCUGCUGGAGUUGAAGGAACAGCAGAAUGGAGAAGAAGAAGAGGGUUCCUUUCUUCAUGUUUCCCUUGAAUUAAAGCACCAAAAGGAAAGUAUAAUUGCACAAAGUUGUUGCUCACUCUAGCUAGAUUAAUGGAUGAGGUAUGUGAGAUUUAUAAACUAAGGGCUGCCUUUACUAGUCGAAUACUAUUUGAAAAUGUUCCCUACACUACCAUAUUUUAAUACGUCUUCUGCCCCCUUUACCUUUACUAUUGUCCCCCUGAAAUAAAUGAAAGAAAAGCACUUUUCAAGCUCACUUGUCUGAAGUUUCCAGCAUCUGUCAGCUGAUUAAAUAUAUAUAGGGCCAUUCACUGUUAUAGAAUCUAUGCAAAACCACUUUUUCCAUGGUCUGAACUCAGAAGUGCUUAGAGUAUAGAAGGUUGAAGGAAAUGACGGUUACUUGUUGGAUCAUGUGAACUUAGCAUCAUUCAGGAAUAUUUUUCAAUAUCAACUGUAGAACAGUAGAAGUGCACAUUUGAGAUUAUUGGUCUUAUUAGAUUUGCUUUCGGCUUUUGCCAGAGUGAGAGAGAUUUUCUAAGUUUCCGG